CGGACUGUUUAAACUAUUUAGUGACAUGAAAUAAUAAAUAGAUUUUUGCGAAUUACUUACAACGAGUGGGAUUUGAUCUGAAUUUCGAGCGUUGACACUCGGACUUAUUUACGACAGAGCACAGGCGCUCGCUCACGUUCAUACUGAAACUUUAGAAAAUAUAAAUGUUUACAACAUUUGAUAACAUCAUUACCAUUCAGCGUCGAUAUACAUCAUAUUGAUGUCACAAUUACAAUAUGUAAUAAAGUGUCAACUCUGAAAUUUAGCACCGUGGAUUAUAAUGGAACACUCACUCGUGAAUUCUGUCGGAUAAGAAGCUUUUGUGACGAUACUGGUGAUGGAUAAUAAAUUUCCUUCAACGGAUAUUUCGGAUUUUCGUUUGCCAUUAAACAUGCCAGUGCAAUCGCGACAAAUGCUUAGGCUUCUGGUGAGUGUUUUAGUGGUCAGUGUCGACACAGAAAGCAACCCAGUAGCCGCAGAGAAUUCAGCGUUCGAAUCCCGAGGCUGGGGGUUGUGGACCGAAUGGUCAGUCUGCUUAAAGGCUUGUGAACCAGAACUUUCAUCAAGGUCAAGGUCGUGUCUUACAACUGACAUUCCGUGCGCGGGGUUCGGCAAGGAAUACAGGCUCUGCGAUACAAAGUUGUGUGCAGGUAAAGUGGUGGACGUGCGACGUACAGAGUGUGAGAGACAGGUGAACGUUCCCUUUCGUGGCCGUCGCUACCACUGGUCGCUUUACAUUAUACCUGAGAAUGAGUGUGAGGUGGCCUGCCAGGCAGUCCAGUUUGGGUUUGUGGCACGGUUGGAACGUCACCUCCCAGACGGUGUGGCCUGUAACACAGAGGAUCAGGCCACUACCAAGGUCUGCCUGCAUGCAAGAUGCCAGGUUGUCGGGUGUGAUGGGGUGGUUGGGUCGGGACUCCGGAACGACCACUGCGGGGUGUGUGGCGGGGACAACGAGUCGUGUCGGGUCAUCGCAGGCAUAUUCACCCGUAGCAACCUGGAACAUGGGUACAACCAGAUCACCCGGAUACCAAAAGGGGCGUGUCACAUCAAUGUCACAGAACUGGAAUACAGCCGGAAUUACUUGGUUCUGAAGUAUCCCAACGGUACAGGCAUCCUGAACAAUGAUCGUACGAUGAUGAAGGCCCCCGGCCAGUAUGGAGCGGCAGGCACUCUGUUCUCCUACGGCAAGAGGGCGGGGCCAGGAUGCCCUGGGGAGUGUCUGUACGGGCAGGGGCCAAUCACAGAAGACCUUGAUGUACAGUUGCUGACAUACAGCAGGAAUCCCGGGAUAAAGUACUUCUUCACCAUUCCCAAGGACCUUUUGGAGGACAUUAUGAAGGGAAUCUCCCGUUCCUCUGUCCGUCGCCAUGACAGUCAGCAUGCCACCCCUACCCAGGGACCUGAUGACACGUACACGCAAGGGCGACGGCAGAUCAGUUACGACAGACAACCUCAGUAUGUGGCUGCUGUGGACAAAGAUGCCCAGCAGAAAGACUACCAGGCCUUGGAGGGUGGAGGGACACAAAAUUUGCAGGAUACCCAAAAUGCAAUAAAUAGGUAUCGGCAGGGGUAUGAUCAAAAUGAGGUUAGAAAUGGUCGAGUGAUUCCAAACACUAUUUCAACUGAUCCUAGUCCAUAUCAUGACAACAGUUUGCUAGGGGCUGGUAAUAGUUACCAAGGGAGGCAACAGGGUACGCAGAGACAAUAUGGUCAGGUUGCCAGUAGAUACGGGCUUGUGGCGCCACCGUCUGAAAACAGUAUUCCUCAGGGAACAUUUGAUGAUCUGGAUUUAAAUGGCCAGUAUAGUGGGGUGGGUGCUGGGUACAAUGGAAGAACCAUUGCAGCGGAAAAACCAAAGCUUAUGGUACCAAACACGAUUGAUGAGGUGAACUUUCAAUGGACUAUUUCUGGCUUCACUGAAUGCACGACUUCUUGCGGAGGAGGUACCCAGGAAACAGUGUUUGUGUGCGUGAAGCGCAACAGCAAUGUGAUUGUCACAGAUGAAAACUGCAACCCGGCCAAGAAGGUCGUACAGACUGUGCCCUGUAACAAGUCACCCUGCCCACCUGACUGGGAGGCUGAUGCCUGGUCAGUGUGCAGUCGUACGUGUGGGUCUGGAAUCCAGACCCGCAAGGUGGAGUGUCGUCAGCGCUACUCUCACAACAUCUCCUCGCCAAUCACAGCCAGUCUGUGCGAUAUGCGACGGCGGCCCCAACACUCCCAGACCUGUCAGGUGAAACCAUGUGCAGACUGGGUGCCGGGAAACUGGUCCAAGUGUUCCGUAGAGUGUGGUAUCGGCCAGAGGAGUCGACCACUGGAGUGUGUGAACUCAGAGGGGGGGAAUGUGUCCAACACAGAGUGCCUUACUGUCCGACCAGAGACCUCCGAGACCUGUGAUAUGGGAACCUGUGCCCAGGGAUGGUUCCACACAGAGUGGUCUAAACAGUGCUCUACGCCAUGUGGUCAAGGGCACAAGACUCGGUCAGUGUACUGUUUAGCUGAGGAUGGGACACAGCUUCCUGAGAGCAAGUGUGGAAAGAAACCCAAAACAAGGAAAGCCUGCAAAAAGACUCGGCCAUGUGGGGGCACGUGGUUUGAAGGACCCUGGUCCCAAUGUUCUGCCACGUGUGGAAUGGCUGUACAGACCAGGGACGUGGUGUGUAUGAAGAAAGUGGACAAGGAUCUGUUUGCCAUUGUUGAUAAGGAGAACUGCAAGAGGUCCAAGAGGCCGGAGAUGUCCAGGGCGUGUGCGUCCCAGCCUCCCUGUCCUUCCCAGUGGCACACCACUCAGUGGACACAGUGUUCGCAGUCUUGUGGAACGGGUACAAAGACCCGAGAUGUCAAGUGUCUUGACGCAGAGGGAACCCCGAAUGCCCAGUGUGAGGCCGAGGUGAAACCCAAGCUGCGCACCACGUGUAAUACACAGGACUGUAACCUACCACAGCUUGAUGAAGAUCCAAACUGUAAGGACACUGGAAAGCAAGACUGUGCCAGAGUUGUACCAGCGCGGUUGUGCCAGUAUGCGUACUUCUACACUGACUGUUGCCAUUCAUGUACACUACAUAAUUUACAACACGGGGAGAGUAAACAACAACUUGGAGUAUAUUGAGAAGGAAAAUAGUCCUUAGUAGUGCAAACAUGAACAUCCUUUGUAGAAAGAUGUCAAUGGGUAACUUAUAUUUAAUGUUCGGGAUGUCUUCAUACAUGGAUUUGAAUGUAUAUCACUGUAGGUGUUGUGGGAUGUGGACCGAACGAUGCAGGAAGAUAGGUUUGGGUUUGAAUAAAUUCAUUUAUUCAUGGAGGUUAUUUUGUGGGCUCAAUUACAAAUUUGACAGAAGUCAUUUAGAAUGCUUUUUUUUUUUUUUAAUAUUUAAAACAUAGCAAAAGUAUAUGCAAAAUGAUCUGAACAGUGAUUUUUUGUCCUUAUGCAAUGUAAUCAAUCGAAAGAUAAAGAAAGUACACAGUAAACGUGAUGUUGUUAAUAUAUGGGUCCACAUGAAAUUGACAAUUUCCCAUGGACUGGUUCAGUUUAUGCAUGGAGCAGACUAGUGGUUGCAUUUAUUUACUGUGACCCAGUCUAGUAGUUUUGCUCUUUAUGAUGAUAAGAAAUGUGGAUUUACCUCAUCAAGAAAUUCCAUCUGUUUCUGAGCACAAUGUUCUCAUGGUGUUUUUUCCGAUACGCUUUUGUCCCUUCUCCAGCAUGCCUCAUUGAGGGUUAAUAUUGACCUCAUGAACACAGUAACGGCUUAUCUUCGUGAAACUUGAUCAAAACAUGUGUCCCAAUGAUAUCUUGGCUGAAUUUAAAACUGGGUCACUUGGGAUCAAAAACUUGGUCACUAUUUCAGAAGAAAGAACACUUUAGUAGUCAUAUUAUUAGUUCUUAUUGUCAUGAAACUUGAUCAGAAGAUUAUGAUCUAAUGAUAUCUCUCUCGCCUGAAUUUGAAUAAUGGUUCUGGUCUGUUGAAAAUCAUGGUCACUUGGGCAGUUUUCUAAAUAAUAUUCAAAGUUCAAAAAUGGUUUAGGUUAAAAGGCAAGGUUACAAACCACAUUUUUUAUUCAGAUAUCCUAAAAUCUGCUUAGAAUAGUUUAUUUCCCUUUGUUCACCUGUGACCAACAUAGAGCCUUUGUCCCUCUUGUUAUGUUUUUGUGCUGUUUAUAUAACUCAAAAAAUUGUUCCAACAUUGUUGAAGACUUUAGACGCAUAUUGCAAUGUUUUGAAUUAUGAAUUCCAGCCUUACGAAAAGAGACUGAUUUUUGAUAGGGACCUCUUGUAGUUAUCUGUAAUAAAUGGCACAAAAUUCAAUGUUGCAAACAUUUUAUGGUGAUGUGUUUUGGCAUGAAAGUCUUUCAGUGUUGGUAAAAAAUAAAAGUUUGUGAAUAGCUGUGGAAUUUUCAUUCACAAAGAACUUUAGAGUCUUUUGUGUGUUAACAUGUCUUUUGGCAGUGCAUACAACAUAAACGCCUGGAUGGCCAUCUUAGAAUAAGUGUCAAUAUGUUUAAUGUUGACUACAGCAUUUAAAUUCAUUGUGAAAUUAUCAUUAGUUAUUGAUGGUUUUUUGUUGUCAAUAAGACAGUUGUCUUGAAAGAAAAUGACAGAAUAUUAUCCAUCUUUUAAUUCAUUAUGUGGUUUAAAAAAAUAGUGAUGAAAAUUCUCAACAAUAUAACACUCCAUUGUUGACCAGUAUUCAGGUGAAAUUGAAAGCCAAGUCGAUAUUUUAACAUAGAAAUGUGUUGUUAAACAAAUUCAAAUUUUGUUUUAACCUAUUUUCUUAAGCUUGAUAGCAUCAAAAGCCUUAGGCUUAUAGAACGCUCUAGAGUCUGUUUCCUAGGAGUAGAACCAGUACUUGGUGUAUUUGGGGGAGAUCACAGGAACACUUUCAGUGGGGUUCAAACCCGUGACCUCCCGAUCACAAGGCGGACACUAUAUCUGCUACGCCACAGCGACCUCAAAUUGAAACAGAACACUUGAACAUACACUUACUAUCACACAACUUGUAUUAUUGGUGUUUCGUUUUUUAAUCAAUAUUAUGUUAAAUUUUAAUAAUAGGCAUACAUGAGACAUGAACGUGUUCAUUGCAGUUGUCUAAAGAAAUUCAUUAAGAAACAAAUCAGAAGUGGAACAUUCCUACAGUAAUGAAACUGUUUCAAUAAACCAUCAAAUGUUAGUUAAGAUUCUUAAAGCAGUUGCAUUGAUUUCCUCACACACAACAUUUUAUGUUGUGAGAUUCACAAGCGAUUUUUAGUAAUAACUCACAAGAGCUUAUGUAAAUGAUCUCCUGAUUUGUCAGUAUGGGAAACUGAGUUGUACUUGGCUUACAUUUUCAACAGUCAAGGACUGGAGAAAAUAAUAACAGAUUGGGACAUACACAAAAUACCUAUUGAUUCGGUGCUUCACCAGUUGCCUAAUUCAUCGUUUGUGUCAAUAUCAAUCAAUCAGUGUGCCAAUUAAGGCAUCAACCAAUAUUUAUUUUUACGAUUGGUUCUUAUAGAGACUUGUUCACAGAUUUUAUCAUAUGAAUGCUGUCAUUUAGUGAUUAUAUAUAUAGAUAGGAUUUGAACCAAAAAAUUAGGACAUAAUAAAUACAUUGCAUCUCAUAAGAAAUAAAAGGGAAAAUUACAUCCAGCAGGAUUUUAACCUGCAUUCAUUGGAUCAAAUAGCAAACCACUUCACCACUCAGCCAUUCUGGUAUGUAGUAAUCUGAAGAGUUGUAUAAACUUUUGUUAGCCAUCAACAUGAUGUCAGCAAUUUUACUAGAAACAGACAUUCCAAUUUUUUCUAUUUUGAUUUACAACAGUUUGACAAUAUCCUCAUUUCCAACUGACAAGUGCAAAUUAUCAAAAUUGUAAUUACAGUGUAUUUGAAUUAAAGUCUGUAACCUCAUACUCUGUCAAUUCCCCAACACUAUUAUUUAUUUUUAGUAUCUGUCAAAAUGUGUUCAAAAAUAUAUUUGUUGAUUGUUAAUCUGUGAACAGGUGUCUGUAAGAGUGGGUUUUUACCCAGGAAUGUGAAUGUUUGUCGGUUAUAGAUUAUAUGAGCGACGUUAUGCAAAAAUGUGUUUAUGUCCUAUGCAGCAAGCAUAGCUCCAGACCAGCUUGCAUAUAAGUGCAGUGUGGCCUGAAAUUCUCUGUAAGCUAUGUCACACAAGGAUCCCUAGUCUCAAAAACAUAUCGAGUAAUUCCUGACCAAGCUGUGCAAAUGCACAGGCUGGACGUGAGUGACGCUUGCUGUUUAUGGUGUAAGGACAACUUUUGCAUGAAGGGGCUCAUAAUAUAUUCCUUGGCUAUCAGAUUGACUGUCAGAUAAUCAAGUAAGAGUGUAUGGUCAGUUGAUUGGCUUUUGUGUACAUAUAAUAUGCUUAUUCUUAUGUACUUUGUAUGACAUUUUAGGGCAUGCGAUAAUUAUAAGUAUGAAAGAUGGUUAGAUAAUUGUAUUUGAUGACAUAACUGUUCAUUUAUAGAUGCUAGAUUUUUUAAGUGUUUCUAUUUAUUGAGACACUUAUGGUUUUCAGCAACUAUUGUAAUUAUAAUGUAUAAUACAACUAAAAUUAACCCUUUUCCACUCAGAAGCAAUUGAAAAUGGCUAUGUGCAAACAGCAUAAAACCAGAACAGCCUGCAAGUAACUCACAGUCUGUUCAGGUUUUAUGCUGUUUGCUACUCAUCAGUAACUAAGGGAUGGAAAGAAAGCCUUUAAAACUUAAAUCUAGUAAAGAAGGUCUUUAAUUGAAUUUACUUUCUAAGGGACUACAAAUGUGUCAAAAUGCAUAUCUAAGUGGUAAAGGGUUUAAUGACAAGAGCUCUCUACAUACCAUGUUCAAGAACAAAGGUGUACAGUCAUUACCUAAAUAAUAAUUUGUUAUUGGGAAAUAUCUAAAUGUCAUAUAUAGGAGACUAAUAAAAAGUAUAAGUUAACAUUUGACGUUCUUACUAUAAUUUCCAUCUUAAGACAAAACUUCCAUUGGCUUUAGGUUCAUUUUAAAACAAAACUGCCAUUGGCUGCAGGUUCAUAUUAAGACAAAACUGGAAUUGGCUGCAGGUUCAUCUUAAGACAAAACUGCCAUUGGCUGCAGGUUCAUAAUAAGACAAAACUGCCAUUGGCUGCAGGUUCAUCUUAAGACAAAACUGCCAUUGGCUGCAGGUUCAUCUUAAGACAAAACUGCCAUUGGUGGCAGGUUCAACUUAAGACAAAACUGCCAUUGGCUGCAGGUUCAUGAAUUCUCAGUGUUUGUUCAGCUGUAUGAACAACUCCCCCCCCCCCCACUCCUCUUAACCCUUUACCAUUUAGAUUCAUAAAUUCACACAUUUGUAGUCCAUAAGAAAGUUAUAUUUAAUUUAAGACCUUUCUUACUAGUUUUUAAGGCUUUAUUUCCAACCCUUAGAUACUGAUGAGCAGCAAACAGCAUAACACCUGAACAGACUGCGAGUGACUCCCAGGCUGUUCUGGUUUUAUGCUGUUUGCACAUAGCCAUUUUUUAAAUCGCUUCUAAGUAGGAAAGGGUUUAAUACCAUUGACUCUGCUGAAGACAAGGUGAGAAAGGGUUUUCCUCUUUUCAAUUUACCACACAAUAUCAUUGAAACUAAAUGUGACCAAACAUAUUAUGUCCAUGCACUUUCAAUCAGUUCAAACAUGUGGAACUUGUCCAACAUUUUAAUCAAUGAUUAAAGAAAAUGUAAACUGGUUUUAUUUUCCAACAAUCGUAGAUUUGUUUCAGGCCCUGUUUUAUCAAAAAUCUUUCUAAAUAUUUAAGUUAAUAAAGUUAAGCUAAAUAUUGAAGCUCAGAACAAAGACUCGUAUCAAUUUGAUACUUAACAGGGAAAGAACAUUAAUAGAAUUGCGGAAAUUUACAAAUCAGUGAUUGGUGCAUAGCAAAAAAUACACAAACAUGAGUAGCAACUUAAAUUUGUGGUACAAUUUAUAAAAAGAUGGGUCCCAGUCUGUCAAAUGUUUAACUGAAAUGGCCUUUGAUAGGAUUCAACUGACUUACUUUGUACUUUUUUCAUUAAAUUGGAAAUUGAUUUUGUUUAAACUAAAAUGUUUUAGGUUUGGUGUAUGCUUUUAAUUUCUUGUUUCUGUUAUCUGUGUAAUCAUAUUAACUUGACUGUUGUCCUAAAAGCAGUAUUGUAUUUUGUAUAUGUUUGCCAAUAUUUGUGGAUGUAUUAAGAUCCUUAACUAAUUGUUAAGGUUUGUUUUUCUGUUGAUUUUUUUUAAUUUACAAGGACUUCAUUCGUUUAUGUCACAGACACUUAUUUGCUUAGACCCCUGUAUGUUUUAUGAUGGGUAAAGUUUCAAUUACUGCCAUGUUUGAUAUGCAUAACACAUGUACAUCUUAGAACACAUGCAGUGGUGACUGAACUUUAUUUCAAAGAGUAGGGUUUUUUUUUUCAUUACAAGGUACCCCAAUAUAUAUUGUAGCUUGUUCAGAUCUUCCUGGGAGAUCAAUAAACAAUUAGUAGGCCUGAACACACCAUCAAGACAACAACUUUGUUCACAAAGAAUUUACAUUUAAGUUAUAUUCUGAAUAAUAUAUUGAUGAUCAUUCUCCGUCUUUUCAAAAUGAUAUGUUCAGCUGUUCAGCAAUAACUUUUAAAUAAGUGGCUGUAGUUUUCUUCGCAGAUGAUGAUAUAACAAUAGGGCAAAUAACAUUCAUUAUGUAUAUAGUGUACGUUAAAUAAGCUGCAUCAUGCAAAAAUGGGUCUUAAGUCUAAUGCAUUGAGCAAAGUUCCAGACCAGCCUGUCGAUUGUUAAGUAAUGUUAAGAUUCAUGAACUCAUUAGAAGAAACAGUAGCUGCUCAUUAAACUGACUGGAUGGGCAUGCCUCUCUGGAGCUACGCUUGCAACAUGUGACUUAAGCCCUAGUUUUGCAAGACGCAGCUCAAAUAGUAGAUUCUCUAUUUAUCAUUUGAAAGCAUCAAAACCAACCCAUUUAUGUUGUGCAAGACUACAAUAAUGACAAUUAUUUUCUAUAUGCAUAAGUUUGGAUGUUAAAUUUAUGCAAUUCAUACAUGUUGUACAUAAAUUAUGAUUGUGUUGAUGUAUUGAAUGCAAGGCAUUUUAGUCAUUACUGGCUCAUGUUUUGUUUUUGAAUGCUUUAAAGUCACUAUCACGCUCACCAAUACAUACGGCUACUGUAUUAUGCUAUAUAUAAACAUUCGACAACAAGUAGUACCAUACGAUGGUUAAUUGCAAUAGGAAGACCCUAAAAACAAGUAACAUUGAUGUUAAAACGUUAUAUUACAAGCAUUAGGCAAGUUUUAAGCAUCUAAAUAUCGUUCCACGAUGUAAUCUACUUUCUUUUUCGAGUCAGGAUCUGAUUCAUUCGGGUUGCGUUCAUUUGCAUAAUUUAUACAAGCCAUUUUCGCAUUCGCUAAGUUCCAGUUGCCCAGAAUUCAUUUUGAAUUCACAGAAUGAUUAUUCAUAAGAGCUACGUCCUGCUUCCGACGCUUACCGUAUCCAAUCUCGUGUUCGCCCGUAAAUGUUCGGAUAUUUCACGGGAGAUAUAAAUGGAAUUAUUUGUGGCCACAAAAAAAUAAAAACGAGCAUUUUGUAUCUCGUUAAAUCAAUUCUACCAGACAACAUCUAAUGUUGAAAUUUUGCAUUUUGCUAAAAGGAACAUUGAUUUUUUUAUGGGUUAGCUUUAUUUAACGAAAUAUUCGAUAUUUUUGAGCGUGAUUGUUACUUUAAACAUGUAGAAAAUGGCUACAAAAAUAGUUAAAAUAAACAAAGUAUCAAAACA